AAAGACCAGCAGCAGACAGCCCAGCACAACCCUGUCAAUUCCACUAAAGACCAGCAGCAGACAGCCCAGCACAACCCUGUCAAUUCCACUAUAGACCAGCAGCAGACAGUCCAGAACAGCCCUGACAUUUCCACUAAAAACCUGCAGCAGACUUCCCAGCACACCCCUGACAAUUCCACGAAGAACCUGCAGCAGACCACCCAGCACAACCAUGAGGAGUCGAGUAAAUCAGAUAAGGAGCAGCACCUGACCACUGAAGAUAAAUCUGGUUCGUCGAUUAAGGAGCAUCAAUCCAUAAAAAAUGAUCCUGAGAAGUUGGAUAUCAAGCAGCAAUCCAUGAAAGAGGGCUCUUCCACUUCAUUCCAGCCGGCGGGGGAAAGUAAAUCUUCAAAGCCAACUGAAGAUGUGGCACUCAAAGAGCCUGAAGAUUAUGACCCAGAACCUGAAGAGGGUUUGCUGCCCAAAAAAGAGAAGGAAAUACCUGGCCUCGCCUCCAGUGAGAACCGUAAAGGGACACUUUUGAAUUCUAUGAGUAUGGACAAAGAUGAUGUUUAUGAAGACAACCUUGGAAGCGCCAGUGCAGAGAGCAGCCACUUCUUUGCAUACCUGGUGACGGCAGCCAUUAUUGUUGCUGCCCUCUAUAUUGCUUAUCACAACAAACGCAAG